AUGCCAGUGAACAAAGCCAACCAGUGUCAAAUUUAUAUAUUUAUCAUUUUAUAAUAAUUUUAAAAUUCAAAUUUCUUUUUGAAAUACGUAACAUUGACUUUAUCAAUGAAAAAAUCUAUGGUUUUAUCAGCUUAUAAACCUAGAGUAUUAAGGAAUGGUAAAAUUGUAACUUCAAAAAAAAAAAAUAUAAUUCAAAAAAAGCCUAUUUCAAAGGAAAAGAUAAACAAUAAAUUAUCUCUUCUUAAAAAAAGCUUAAAUGAUACUAGUAAUUUAAAUGUUAAAAAUAAAAAUGAAAUGAUAAUAGCUUCUAAUUAUAACCAUAUACUUGGUAACCGUAAUUUAUAUGUAAUGCUUACGAGAUUACCGCCAUCAAUAAAUAAUGGAGAUCUGUUUGAUGAUUACAAUAAUAACACCAAUAAUAAAAAUUAUACAAAAUUAGAAGAUUAUAUUCAAUUAAAUGAACUUCAAAUAUACAAUAAGCUUGAACCAAAGAUAGAAAAAUGUCAUAUGUUAGCUGCAGCAAAAGAAAAUAAACGAAUAACAUCAAACUCUUUUGGUAAUAAAGGUGAUCUAAWAGCUAAAACAUGUGAUGAUUCACUAGUUAAUCAUACUCCUGAUGUACGAAUUACACGUGGAAAAACAAUCAAGCUUCAAACAGAAGAAAGAAAACAAUUAGAUCAAAUAAUUUUUGAUAAAUUUCCUAAAAAUACAUUCAAAAUGUUUGCUAUUCAAUUAUAUGAUAUUAACGAAGAAGUAAAUUUUCUCCGAAAACUUGGAUUGAUAUGUCGUUUUAAAUGUCCUUUUACUUGUAAAAUUAAAAAAAAAACAUAGUUUAUUUAACUUUUGUGUUGUCACAAAGCUUAAUAAUCGUAUGUUAAUUUUAUUUUUAAUUUAGCUAAGUAAUUUUAAUUAUGAUGUAUAAUAGAACAAGAUUUUUAAAUGUUUAUUUCGUUAAUAAAAAUUAAUUUAAUAUUGGUUAGGUCUGGAUAAACAGCCUUUUAAGUUUAACAACUUUUACUAUUAUUUAAUCAUAUAUAAUUACUGUGUAUAAUGUAUUAAUUAAAUCAUUUGUGCUGAUGUUUAUUAU